AGAAGAAGAAGAAAGAAUCAUCGGUUAUUCGUUAAGCCUGAGCCGGAAAAAUGGUUGUUGCGGCGAAAAUAGCACCGUCUAUGCUAUCAUCGGACUUCUCCAAUCUGGCAUCGGAGGCUAGUCGCAUGCUCCGCUGUGGCGCCGACUGGCUCCAUAUGGAUGUCAUGGAUGGGCACUUUGUCCCAAAUCUAACUAUUGGUGCUCCGGUCAUUGAGAGUUUGAGAAAGCACACAACGGCCUACCUGGAUUGCCACCUCAUGGUCACAAAUCCUCUUGAUUAUGUUGAACCUAUGGGAAAAGCUGGUGCUUCUGGUUUUACAUUUCACGUUGAGGUAUCCAAAGAAAAUUGGCAAGAACUAGUCCAAAAGAUUAAGGCAAAGGGCAUGAGGCCUGGGGUGGCAUUAAAGCCUGGGACACCCAUUGAGGAAGUUUAUCCUUUGAUUGAAGGUGAAAAUCCUGUGGAAAUGGUCCUUGUAAUGACUGUAGAACCUGGAUUUGGUGGACAAAAGUUCAUGCCAGAGAUGAUGGAAAAGGUUCGUGUGCUGAGAAAGAAGUACCCAACACUUGAUAUUGAGGUUGAUGGCGGUUUAGGGCCUUCAACCAUUGAUGUAGCAGCUUCAGCCGGAGCAAACUGCAUUGUUGCAGGAAGUUCAGUGUUUGGAGCUUCUGAGCCAGCCCAAGUAAUAUCCCUUAUGAGGAAGAGUGUAGAUGAAGCUCAGCAAAGCAGUUGACAAUGGUGCAUCUUCUCAACAUAUUCACAGUGUGUACAUUAAUGAUCUGUUUGAUGAGGUUAAUUCUGGGAAAUGAAUAAAAUGUUUGUCUCAUAUAUAAUCGCAUCUGGGGAUGAUCUCUACUUUCUAAGUGUAAUAAGCUGAUACAGAAAAGUUACUCGGAAGUCUGAUGCGGUACUUUGCAAACAUUUGGGAAAUAUUUUUAUGUGAUGCAAUGUUAUUUCAUGUUUUAUUUACUGCA